UUCAUCUGGGAUCAAAGCAGUUGGCCGCCGCCGCUGGGAGGGCCGUUUGCGCUUGCUCCCCGCUGCUCUGUGUGUGUCCGUCCCGAGCCAUGUGACCGGGGACAGUGACAAGGCACUUUUUCCCUCCUGCUGAGUCACCUUCCCUUGUCUGAAGUGGAAAAGGGAGGGAAGGAAGGAGAGAGGCGCCGCAGACUCUGCCCGGGUAGAUUCCCUUCCUCUUUUCCUUCCUUAGGACCCGGCGGCCAGUGGCUUCCAAGCGGGCGGAGAGAGCAGGCUACAAGCGCACAUGGGGACCGAGAGCGGCAGCGCCGGGGUGUUGCUGGGGCAGGCGGGCACCCUCAACCUGCAGACGGGCAACCUGCUCAACUGGGGGCGCCUGAGGAAGAAGUGCCCGGCCACCCCCAGCGAGGAGCUGCGGGAUUGCAUUCAGAAAACCUUAAAUGAGUGGAGUUCAAAGAUCAGCCCAGAUCUAUUGCAGGAGCUGCCCGAAACCCUUGAAUGUACUCUAGCCCAAGCAAUAGAAAAGAUCAAUCCUGAAGAGAGGGAAGAACUGAAAGUUUCAGCAAAAUUGUUUAUCGCAGGAUCAAACACUUCAUCAAUCAGAGAAGCAGUCAGUAUGACAUGUUCUGCCCUUGGUGUCGACCAGUUAGAUUCUGUGAUAAUUGCUCCUCCUCCAACCGAAGACGGAAUUAAUAUUUCCUUAGAAUAUUUACAACCUUACUGGGCAGAGCUUGAAAACUUAGUUCAAAACAAAAAGAUUGUUGCCAUAGGGACUUCUGAUCUAGAUAAAGCACUGUUGGAGCAACUGUUCUUGUGGGCGCAGGUGAAACCAAGCAGUAACCAGGUGAAUCUUGCAUCCUGUUGUGUGAUGCCACCAGAUUUGACUGCAUUUGCUAAAGAGUUUGAUAUCCAGCUUUUGACUCAUAAUGAUCCAAAAGAACUCCUUUCCGAAGCAAGCUUCCAAGAAACACUUCAGGAGAGUAUCUCAGAUUGCCAAGUGCAUGAAUGGACUCCACUGUGGCUUCUGCGAUAUUCAGUCAUUGUUAAGAGCAGAGGAGUCAUCAAAUCCAAAGGCUACAUCUUGCAAGCUAAAAGAAUCCCAGCGUCUUAAGAUGAACCUUGGCAUUAACCUGCUUCUGAAAGACCCUGUCUCUGCUAGAUAAUUGCACCAAGAUGCAAACUGGAAUUUGUAAAGACCAAAAUGUUUUAUUAUCAAGUAGUCAGUGAAGCCCAAAUUACAUACUGUAUUGGAGUAAGAGUCUGAUACCAUAUUUCUCUAUCAAUUUCCUUUCAUUUCAUACAUGUGUGUUUUUUGUUGAGUUCAGCUUGCUCACUUGUGAAAUAUUAUUUUUCAUUAACUGUUCAGGUGAUUUAGAGAUGGUAUAUAAAUAAAAAUAUUUGAAAUAUUUUAAUGACUAAUAUAAAGAGAAUUUGACUAGGUAUAUUUUGAUUGAAAUAUUUCUGUUUGCAAGGAGUAAUGUAAUUUGUUAAACCUUAUUGCUGCUAAGCAGACAGCAGAUUAAAUUUGGGGACACUGGUAGAUAGAGCACUCUGAUUUUAAACCAGAGAUGUAAAAUUCAGUUAUAUGCAAGUAAAUUGUUUAAUAUAUUCAUGAAUAUAUGUGGUUUCCCCACCACUCCAGUCAUAAUACAGUGUAAUACUUUAUUAUGUAACUUUUUUCUUCUAUCAUGCCUAUACUACAUUUCUCUUGAUAUAUGCCCAAGGAUUUGUCAAACUUUGCCUAGUUUCAUUUUGCCAGUCCUAAAGCAUGAUUUAUAUUUUGAGACCCAUAGAAAGAUGAUUGGCUUUAUAUAUAACCGUGGCAUUACGUACAGUAUAGGUCAGGAGUUCCCAAAUUUGAGUCUAGCUGUUUUUGGACUACAGUUCCCAUCAUCUCUGAUCACUGAUCCUGCUACCUAGGGAUGAUGGGAGGAGACCCAAUUCUGUCUGAAAAGCAGGAGACCCAAUUCUGUCUGAAAAUCAGAGCUGUCAUAGUUAAACGAAAAUAAGUUUGGGUUGGUUCCAGACUGAAUAACUGUACACCUGCUGAAAUAAAUGGAAUUUGUUACUCAUGACUGACUUAAAUCCUGAUGAUUUACAGCAGGUCCACUCAAAGCAUAACUAAGGGCUCAUCCACACUUUUGCUUUUCCCACCACUUUAUCCUGGGAAAGCCUAUUCACUGCUGAAUCAGAGCAGAUGUCAAUUGGGUUUUCAAUGGAUUGAAGUUUCCUCUGAUUCAGCGGUAAAGAGCAGAUUUUCCUGGGGAAAGUGGCUGGGCAAAUGGAAAACUACUUACCCGUGCAAAGAAUAGGCAAGCCCUUUGGGUAGCAUCAACCCUUUGUUUUUGUCAACUAGUUUGGUGCAUUCAGUGCUCUGGACUGCUUUUAACCUAUGGAAACUUCUAUAACUAAAGCAGAUUUCUAGUUUUUCAUUUAGUGUACUGUAUAGCCAAAUACAUUUUGGAGGUUUUAUGCCAUUUGAGGAAGGUUAACUUUUGUAUUUGUAUAUGCAUACCUAUUUAAUGCACUAAUGACAGGUUUCAUGAGGGGUGGUAAACUUUUAUCUGAAGUCCAGAGUUUUACAUUCUAAUUAAAAAUAGCAUCAUAAUGGGUAGCUAGGAAGAAUAAAUGCUUUUGUACUGUCUAUCAUAUUCUGUUUACGUACUUUAAUCCAUUCCAGUGGGCAAACUUCUAAAGUUUUUUUAAUAAAGUUUUUGAAUAAGGGGGUUUAAGCAUUUCGUGAUGUUUGGGACCUAAAAUGUUUUAACUAAAGCUUCUCAGACAGGAUUCUGGCAUAAACUUUGAUUUGCAGCAUAAAUAUCCAAAUAAUUCUGGCGAUAUUGCUAAAAAUAGUAUGUACUGAAUUUGCAGGUGGUCUGUU